CAAAGAAAACAGGUCCGAAAUUGGAGAAGUCUUUCAAGAGGCAAAGAAUUUCAAACCAGUUAUUGUGAUGUAUCUUCUGUGGCUAAUUUCUAUGAUUGGCGCCGUUGCGUGUCAAGAUUAUGCCUAUAUGUCUGAUCAAAAAGCUCCAAGCCCAGCAAACUGGUCCCAAAUAUUUUCACAAUGCGCCGGACAACUUCAGUCUCCUGUUAACAUUGAGACAAAAAAAGUGAAGAAGAAAAGCUACCCUGAUCUCAAGAUCAGUUUUGACAACCCAUGUGGCCGAGUGACUGGAGAGCUUCGCAAUGGCGGCCAUUCUCCUGUUUUCAACAUCGACAGCUCAAAGGGGGGCGCUAAACUCAGUGGCGGUCCCUUAGAUUGUGACGAGUAUGCUCUUCAACAAUUUCAUUUUCAUUUUGGAUGCGAAAACAGACGAGGAUCGGAGCACUUGAUUGACAACCAAACUUUUCCAGCUCAGCUUCAUUUGGUUUUCUAUAACAAAAAGUACAAUUCCUUCAAGGACGCAGUGGAUAAACCGGACGGCUUAGCAGUUCUGGGUGUCCUUCUCACGGCAUCGUGCCCAGGAAACAGAGUUCUAGGAAAUUUAGCUAAUAAGCUGAAAAAAGUGAUUGACGAAGGCACCAGCACCAAUGUAACCGCCGCGGACGGCAUUCGUCUGAAUUACCUGAUGCCCUACAAUAACAAACAAGCUGACGAAGAGGAAGAUGAAGACGAAACAGAUGAUGAUGAAGUCGCUAACAGCGGAGAAGAUGACGAUGAAGACGAAAAAAAGAGAAUACGUUACUACACUUACAAAGGUUCCCUUACCACUCCACCCUGCUAUGAAUCUGUCACCUGGAUCGUUUUCAAGGACAAAGUCAAGAUUUCGAACACUCAGCUCAACAAGUUCAGAAAACUGAAGGCACAGUUUGGUGGUGCUCCUGGUUUGAUGUGUGACAACAUUAGACCGGUACAACCGCUGUACAAACGCAAGGUGUAUUCUGUCGUCUCAAGCAGGGACUAAACAACCGACAGCAGCAAAUAACAGUUUUACUGGCCCUUGUUGUUCGAGGGGGUAGAUAGCACUAUCCAAUGGAUAAAACUCUGUUAGUGGAUAGCAAAUUACGUUUUGUUAACCGUUAUCCGCUGGAUAGCAUUAUUUAUCAAUCCUUCGAUCAAGCGGCACUAGGUCUUGCUUUGAAAAGGAGACAAUUGAAGGCCAAAGAGCCGUAGUUUGUAAUGUGAGAAAAAUGUGUAAAUAUCGUUGUAUCUGAUUUUAAAAUAUUCCUAUAUUUUUAUCCCGGAAUAAAUUUAUCUUAUAAAAUUAUUUUAUCAAUAUUUAAGAAUUCGGUUUUAACAUAUUCAUUACAUGUUUGAUUAAAACUCUUGAUAUUUAGCAGUGUGGUACUUUCGUACGAAGUUCGAAUUCAGCCAUUAGAUGUAUUGCAGUAAAUGGUUUGAACCCGGGGGUAACAUGUGAAGGUGUAGUCUGAUCGU